UCUCUCUCUCUCUCUCUCACACACACACACACACACAUCUCUUAUCUAAUCUUCUCAAUGUUGCCUUUGUCUGAUUACCUUUUGUUUAGUACAGCAGAAAAGGAAGCAGCUCUGUCUUUUUAAUGACUUUUGCUAUUUCUCACAUAUAUUCUCAUUUUUCUCUCUCAAUUUAAAGGAGGGACACAAAGAAGCUGAGAUGUCUGAGAAGAAGAUGACGUCUAGCCGUCGGCACCAUUUGAAGAGCUUGAUGCUCCAGAUUGCUCAGGGCCUUUUGGAAGCUGAAGCAGCAGAGGCAGAGCAGGACAAGCAGAGUUACAUGGAGGAUCACUGUCCAGCACUUUCACUGCCUGGAACCAUGCAGGAACUGCAGGAUCUAUGUAGGAAGCUGCAUCAACAGAUUGAUAUUGUAGAUGAACAGAGAUAUGACAUGGAGAGCAAAGUGGCCAAGUCCAACAAAGAGAUUGAGGAUCUGAAGUUGAAAGUACAGGACCUGAAGGGCAAGUUUAAGAAGCCCGUUCUGAAGAAGGUGCGCAUGUCUGCUGAUGCCAUGCUCCAGGCUCUGCUGGGCUCCAAGCACAAGGUGUCCAUGGACCUGAGGGCCAACCUGAAACAGGUCAAGAAGGAAACCAAGGAGGAGGAGAAAGAGUCUGUGGGUGACUGGCGUAAGAACGUCGAGGAUAAGGCUGGCAUGGAUGGCAGGAAGAAGAUGUUUGAGUCAGAGGCAUAAGACUGUUAUUUGAAGACUAGUUUACAUUUUCAUUAAAUGCUUUAUUUGUGUACACUAUUCUAUGACUCUUUCACCCUUCACCUUAUUAAUUUAAGUCCUGACAUGCAUUGCUUGAUUAAAUGUGAUUAAUUGUAUGCAGUAAAGAGUAGCAGAGGGUAGGAAUUUAAAGAGGUUAGGAUUAUAUAUAUUUUUUAUUUUAGUUUUUGAACAUUUAUCACUUGUAUUUGACAAGUGAAACCAGUCUGGUGUGUGUGUGUGUGUGUGUGUGUGUGUGUGUGUGUGUUUACUUUAUUAUAGGUUAGAUGUGAUGAGUCCAUCAUUAUUAGGUUUUCAAAUAAACAUAAUAGUGA